AUGCGCGCGCUGCUGCGGAGCGCCGGCCGCGGGUGGCGUGUGGGGGUCGCCGCCGCGGGCAGCCUGCGGGGGCCCGGGAGCGCCGGAGGCGGGCCGCGCCGCGCCAUGGCCCUGUACCGCGCGGAGGAGCGCGGCCAGCCCCGCUCGCUGGACUACCGUGUCUUCUUCAAGAAUGUAGCUGGUCACUACAUUUCCCCCUUCCACGAUAUUCCUCUGAAUGUGGACUCUAAAGAGGAAGGUGGUGUUCCCACGAAGAAAGCACGAAAUGAUGAAGAUGAGAAUUUGUUUCAUAUGGUUGUGGAAAUACCUCGGUGGACAAAUGCUAAAAUGGAGAUUGCCACUGAGGAGCCACUGAACCCCAUUAAACAAGAUGUAAAACAUGGACAGCUGCGCUACACGGCCAACGUCUUCCCUCACAAGGGUUACAUAUGGAAUUAUGGGGCCCUCCCUCAGACAUGGGAAGAUCCCCAUCAAAAAGAUAAGGACACAAACUGCUGUGGAGAUAAUGAUCCUAUUGAUGUUUGUGAAAUAGGCUCAAAGGUUCUUUCUCGUGGAGAGGUGAUUCAUGUGAAGAUCCUUGGGAUUCUGGCUCUUAUUGAUGAAGGGGAAACAGAUUGGAAAUUAAUUGCUAUUAAUGUAAAUGAUCCUGAAGCUGAAAGGUUUAAUGAUAUUGAUGAUGUUAAGAAGCUCAAACCAGGUUACCUAGAAGCUACUGUGAAUUGGUUGAGACUUUAUAAGGUACCAGAAGGAAAGCCAGAGAACAAGUUUGCUUUUAAUGGAGAAUUCAAAAACAAGGCUUUUGCUCUUAAAGUUAUUAAAUCUGCUCAUGAAUGUUGGAAAGCCAUGAUGAUGAAGAAAUGCGAUAGUGGGUCUAUAAACUGCACAAAUGUGCAGGUGUGUGAUAGCCCUUUCCAUUGCACCCCAGAGGAGGCAAAAUCAUUCGUUGAAUCGGUCCCAAGAUCUUCACCAAGUAAAGAAAGCAGUAUAGAAGUUUCAACAGAGCAAAUGUGGUACUUCCUUGAGAAAUGACUGGGACACUGGUGGAAAUUCUGCUGUCAAGAUGCCAACUUCUGAGAAACCUGGGACUAUUUUUUGCUUUGUGCUUGAGAGACACAGGUCUGUGAGCAUCUUCUGACUGCCUGUUGAGGCAUCAUUGUUUCCAUACUUCUUAAAUAAAUACUUUGUAAAAUAAUCUUGAUACUUUUGAA